UUGUUGGUUUGCGUCUCUCAUAUCAUGCUGCAGUAUCUCAUGCUGGAUAUCCCCAGCGCCCAAGGGCACAUAAAAUAUGAAGGAUCCGAUUGAAUGGACUAAGAGUUGCUCUUUGGCAUCUGACGGGGUGCCAAAAAGUGGGGGACACUUCCGACCCCCAGCGAAAGGACAGCACGGCGGCUGCGGUGAGCGCUCCAGUGCCCAGCAGGUGGCGCCGCAGCCCGAGCCGUCCCGGCGCCGCUGAGACCCAGGGCGCGGCCACACAGCCCCCUUCCUUCCGCUGGGGCGGCCCGGCUCUGUGCACACUCCGGCGUCCUUCCCUGGGCUCCUUUUGGGUUCGGGUCCUGCCCCCACUACAGCGGGCGCUAUGGCGCUCCCCGGGGCUCGGGCCCGGGGCUGGGUGAGGGCCGCCAAUGUGGCCCAGAGACGCCGUCUCUCGGAGGACGCAGGAGGAACCCCGAGUCCGGCGCCCGGGAGCCAGCGCGCCGCGCUUUACGUCCACUGGCCCUACUGUGAGAAGCGCUGCAGUUAUUGCAACUUCAACAAGUACAUCCCUCGCGGAGUGGACGAGGCUGCUAUGAGACGCUGUCUGGUGACGGAGGCUCAGACGCUUUUGCGGCUCAGUGGGGUGCGGCGGGUGGAGUCUGUGUUCUUUGGUGGGGGUACCCCCAGUCUAGCCAGCCCCCGUACUGUGGCAGCUGUCCUGGAGGCAGUGGCCCAGGCAACCCAUCUGCCUGCAGACUCUGAAGUUACAUUGGAGGCCAACCCUACCUCGGCGCCAGGCUCCAGGCUGGCAGCAUUCCGGGCAGCAGGAGUCAACAGGUUGUCCAUUGGCCUCCAGUCCUUAGAUGACGCAGAGCUCCAGCUUCUGGGGAGGACACACUCGGCUGGUGAUGCUCUGCGGACGCUGGCGGAGGCCCGGCGCCUGUUCCCGGGGCGUGUAUCUGUGGACCUGCUGCUGGGGCUGCCGGCGCAGCAGGUGGGGCCAUGGCUUCGGCAGCUGCAGGAACUGCUGCGCCGCUGUGAUGACCACAUCUCCCUCUACCAGCUGACCCUGGAGCGGGGCACUGCACUCUUCGCCCAGGUGCAGCAGGGUGCCCUUCCUGCCCCUGACCCUGAACUUGCUGCUGAGAUGUACCAGCAGGGUCGGGCAGUCCUUCGGGAGGCCGGCUUCCGCCAGUACGAGGUCUCCAACUUCGCCCGGAAUGGGGCGCUUAGUACCCACAACUGGACUUACUGGCAGUGCGGUCAGUACCUUGGCGUUGGGCCUGGGGCCCAUGGGCGAUUUAUACCCCAGGGGGCCGGGGGCCACACCCGAGAGGCUCGGAUCCAGACCCUGGAGCCGGACAACUGGAUGAAGGAGGUGAUGCUGUUCGGUCACGGCACCCGGAGGCGCAUCCGCCUGGGCGAGCUGGAGCUGCUGGAGGAGGUUUUGGCCAUGGGGCUACGCACAGAUGUGGGGCUCACUCACCAGCACUGGCAGCAGUUUGAGCACCAGCUGACCCUGUGGGAUGUAUUUGGAGCCAGUGAGGAGGUGAAGGUGCUGCUGGAGCAAUGCCUUUUGCUGCUGGAUCACAGGGGUCUUCGGUGUUCCUGGGAGGGGCUGGCCGUGCUGGACUCUCUGUUGCCCACCCUUCUCUCUCGGCUCCAAGAGGCCUGGCAGCAGAGACCCUCCUCCCCUGUGCCAGGAGGAUAACCUCACGUUCCUGUAUCCCAGGACCCUGCCAGGCGGGCUCUGGGGGCUGGGCUGACACUGCAGUCUUCUCCCCUGGCUCUGGUCACUGCUCAGCCCUGCAUCCCCAGGGGAAUGGCUCCAGUAGGGGGGGACAUCCUUGUCUGGGAACUAACACUAAAUGCACCCACCCCUGCCA